CCGAAGGUCAAGGUGACGACUAAUCGCAUUGAAACAUGACAACGAAAAAUAGAAAAUAUUCUUUGGAAUCCUGGAUGAAGACAACGAAAAGUCGGCUGAAACACUUUCUCACACUGGCUCUACUCCUUAUUAUUCUGUUCAUCGUGUUUUCGGCAUCGGGUGCUCUCCCCUUCACAAGGACACCCCUGAAUAAUGUUGACCCAUAUUCACAGUAUGGCAAGGUACCAACAAUACUUUUGUAUAUUCUACGGACCCUGACAUUGAUUCCGCUACCAAUAAUGCUAAGUAACUUCUUCGGGAUAAUAUUUUGCAACACAUAUCCUGUUCCUUCCAGGGUUGUGACGUCACUGACACACGGGUCAAUAUGCUUCCGGGUGGUCACACGAGGCACGUACCCAGAUUUAGUGAAGAGAAACCUCAGAAGAAAUAUCGAACUGUGUUCAAAGGCAGGACUGCAGAAUUAUACCUUUGAAGUUGUGACGGAUAACCCAAUAUCCAUCACUGGAUUACUGAACGUGAGAGAACUGCUUGUGCCAAAGUGGUACAAGACAUCACGGGAGAGUUUAUUCAAAGCACGUGCAUUGCAGUACUCGCUAGAAGAUGACGUCACUGUUUUGAAAGAGAGUGAUUGGAUAGUCCAUUUAGACGAGGAGACUCUGCUCACUGAGUCUUCACUCGCAGGAGUGUUGAACUUUAUCCGUUCAGGGGAGUAUGAGUUUGGACAAGGAGUUAUCACAUACGCAAGCGAUUCGGUCGUAUGUUGGAUUACGACUUUAGCCGAUCUAAUCCGAGUGGGUGGAGAUUAUGGCAAUUUGAGAUUCACCCUUGGCCAGCUACACAAACCUGUUUUCAGCUGGAAGGGUUCGUUUAUUGUAGCGAAUGCCAGCGCUGAGAAAAAGGUUUCUUUUGACUUUGGUCCAGAAGGAAGCCUAGCUGAAGACUGUUUCUUUGCCCUCAUGGCGUGGAAGGAAGGGUACAAAUUUGGAUACGUAGAAGGUGAAAUGUGGGAAAAGUCUACGUUUUCAGUCAUGGAUUUUAUUCAACAGCGGAAGCGAUGGAUUCAAGGCGUAUCCCUCGCGUUCCUAAGCAAACAGAUUCCUAUAAGAUACAAACUCGGGAUCGGUGUCAUGGUGUUGGCGUGGGCUUUCAUGCCAGUGACGUCACUGAAUAUUCUUCUUGUUCCGAUGUGCCCCUUGUCAGUACAUCCAGUGGUCAAUACGCUAAGUGCAUUUUCAGGAGGCGUUGCCAUAUUUCUAUUCAUGUUUGGGGCUAUUAAGUCAUUCACCAUCCGAACUCAUGGGUUAUUCAGAUUUAUACUGUUAUGUACUUUAGCAGUAGGUAUCGCGCCCAUAUCUCUGAUAUUGGAAAGCAUGGGAGUAAUUCUAGCAGCCGUGUCAAAACAAGGGAGGGAAUUCCACAUUGUAAAGAAAGAUUCAGAGAGAACUAUCACGGUGUAAUUGUUUUGCAGUUGUAAUGACAGUGUAUUCUAAGACGGCUGAUAUGAGCGUCUGUCUCGGGUAUUUGAUGCAUAGACGUGUAAUUUGAGGCAGGUGAUAACGGUUUUAGUCACACCUGUAGUCAGAUCUAUUCCAAACAAACAUCUGGAAAACUAUGGCAAAUCUGCUUUAAUGGGACAGUGGAACAGUAAAAUAUGCCCUCACUUAAUGGCUCAGAUAGUAAUUUCCUAACCCAAACGAAUUUGUACCCCUAAAGCUGGAAACUUCGAAACGCUAAAUGUCUCCAGCAACCCAUGCAUGUCGUAAGGGGCGACUAACGGGAUCGGGUGGUCAGACUCGCUGACUUGAUGGUUGAUGCUUGUAAUUGUAUUCUUAAUUGCGUGGAUCGAUGCUCAUGAUGUCAAUUACUGGAUUGUCUGGUCAAGACUCAUAUAGCUGGAAUAUUGCUGAGUGUGACGGCAUUAAACAACAAUCAAACAAAUCUAAAAUUGCCUUGUUUAGACAGUAUUAUCGUUGGAUAGGUUUCCAACCACACUUUUCAGACGGCUAUGUUUAUCGCGAUUCUCUUGCUAUAAUGUGUUGUGUGAUGUCACGGUGGAGCAGUUCAUUCAUCGCAUAGGAAUAGAGGACAAAACAGAGGCUAUUGAUAUUUCAGGAAACAGAUUUAUCACCUCGCAAUCAUUGCAUUAAGACACCCACAUAAAGCUGGACUAUUGUGUAUAUUGCAUAAACGUACCUAAUGCAUAAUUGCAUCAUUCAAAGUUAUUGAAUGAAAAUCAUCAUCACUUUAUGUACCUUCACCUAGUAUUAUUGUUAAAUAUACAUAUCCAAUCUCCAUCUCGACUGCUACCAGGAUCAAGGAGCCCAAAAGGAAUUGCUCAUUUCUAGGGGUACGAAUUCGUUUGGUUUACGAAUUUAUAUACACCCACAGUAAAACCGUAAAUACACAAAACCUCAAUCAACUUAUAAAACAAAUAGAUAUCAGUAAAACAAGAAAUUAUGGUUCAGUCAUUAUUGUCGGUAGUGGAUUUUGAAUGUUUGCUAAGUGUCACUUGGGCUGUCUGCCCCUGUUGUAUAAUGAUGGGAAGUAUUACUUUGGCCUCUGUAACCAAAUGUCUGCCCCUGUUGUAUAAUGAUGGGAAGUAUUACUUUGGCCUCUGUCACCAAAUGUCUGCCCCUGUUGUAGAAUGAUGGGAAGUAUUACUUUGGCCUCUGUAACCAAAUGUCUGCCCCUGUUGUAUAAUGAUGGGAAGUAUUACUUUGGCCUCUGUCACCAAAUGUCUGCCCCUGUUGUAUAAUGAUGGGAAGUAUUACUUUGGCCUCUGUCACCAAAUGUCUGCCCCUGUUGUAUAAUGAUGGGAAGUAUUACUUUGGCCUCUGUAACCAAAUGUCUGCCCCUGUUGUAUAAUGAUGGGAAGUAUUACUUUGGCCUCUGUAACCAAAUGUCUGCCCCUGUUGUAUAAUGAUGGGAAGUAUUACUUUGGCCUCUGUCACCAAAUGUCUGCCCCUGUUGUAUAAUGAUGGGAAGUAUUACUUUGGCCUCUGUAACCAAAUGUCUGCCCCUGUUGUAUAAUGAUGGGAAGUAUUACUUUGGCCUCUGUAACCAAAUGUCUGCCCCUGUUGUAUAAUGAUGGGAAGUAUUACUUUGGCCUCUGUCACCAAAUGUCUGCCCCUGUUGUAUAAUGAUGGGAAGUAUUACUUUGGCCUCUGUAACCAAAUGUCUGCCCCUGUUGUAUAAUGAUGGGAAGUAUUACUUUGGCCUCUGUAACCAAAUGUCUGCCCCUGUUGUAUAAUGAUGGGAAGUAUUACUUUGGCCUCUGUAACCAAAUGUCUGCCCCUGUUGUAUAAUGAUGGGAAGUAUUACUUUGGCCUCUGUCACCAAAUGUCUGCCCCUGUUGUAUAAUGAUGGGAAGUAUUACUUUGGCCUCUGUCACCAAAUGUCUGCCCCUGUUGUAUAAUGAUGGGAAGUAUUACUUUGGCCUCUGUCACCAAAUGUCUGCCCCUGUUGUAUAAUGAUGGGAAGUAUUACUUUGGCCUCUGUAACCAAAUGUCUGCCCCUGUUGUAUAAUGAUGGGAAGUAUUACUUUGGCCUCUGUAACCAAAUGUCUGCCCCUGUUGUAUAAUGAUGGGAAGUAUUACUUUGGCCUCUGUCACCAAAUGUCUGCCCCUGUUGUAUAAUGAUGGGAAGUAUUACUUUGGCCUCUGUCACCAAAUGUCUGCCCCUGUUGUAUAAUGAUGGGAAGUAUUACUUUGGCCUCUGUCACCAAAUGUCUGCCCCUGUUGUAUAAUGAUGGGAAGUAUUACUUUGGCCUCUGUAACCAAAUGUCUGCCCCUGUUGUAUAAUGAUGGGAAGUAUUACUUUGGCCUCUGUCACCAAAUGUCUGCCCCUGUUGUAUAAUGAUGGGAAGUAUUACUUUGGCCUCUGUCACCAAAUGUCUGCCCCUGUUGUAUAAUGAUGGGAAGUAUUACUUUGGCCUCUGUCACCAAAUGUCUGCCCCUGUUGUAUAAUGAUGGGAAGUAUUACUUUGGCCUCUGUAACCAAAUGUCUGCCCCUGUUGUAUAAUGAUGGGAAGUAUUACUUUGGCCUCUGUCACCAAAUGUCUGCCCCUGUUGUAUAAUGAUGGGAAGUAUUACUUUGGCCUCUGUCACCAAAUGUCUGCCCCUGUUGUAUAAUGAUGGGAAGUAUUACUUUGGCCUCUGUAACCAAAUGUCUGCCCCUGUUGUAUAAUGAUGGGAAGUAUUACUUUGGCCUCUGUAACCAAAUGUCUGCCCCUGUUGUAUAAUGAUGGGAAGUAUUACUUUGGCCUCUGUCACCAAAUGUCUGCCCCUGUUGUAUAAUGAUGGGAAGUAUUACUUUGGCCUCUGUCACCAAAUGUCUGCCCCUGUUGUAUAAUGAUGGGAAGUAUUACUUUGGCCUCUGUCACCAAAUGUCUGCCCCUGUUGUAGAAUGAUGGGAAGUAUUACUUUGGCCUCUGUAACCAAAUGUCUGCCCCUGUUGUAUAAUGAUGGGAAGUAUUACUUUGGCCUCUGUAACCAAAUGUCUGCCCCUGUUGUAUAAUGAUGGGAAGUAUCACUUUGGCCUCUGUAACCAAAUGUCUGCCCCUGUUGUAUAAUGAUGGGAAGUAUUACUUUGGCUGUCUGUCACCAAAUGUCUGCCCCUGUUGUUGAAUGAUGGGAAGUAUUACUUUGGCCUCUGUAACCAAAUGUCUGCCCCUGUUGUAGAAUGAUGGGAAGUAUUAAUUUGGCCUCUGUAACCAAAUGUCUGCCCCUGUUGUAGAAUGAUGGGAAGUAUUACUUUGGCCUCUGUAACCAAAUGUCUGCCCCUGUUGUAUAAUGAUGGGAAGUAUUACUUUGGCCUCUGUAACCAAAUGUCUGCUCCUAUUGUAGAAUGAUGGGAAGUAUUACUUUGGCUGUCUGUCACCAAAUGUCUGCCCCUGUUGUAGAAUGAUGGGAAGUAUUACUUUGGCUGUCUGUCACCAAAUGUCUGCCCCUGUUGUAGAAUGAUGGGAAGUAUUACUUUGGCUGUCUGUCACCAAAUGUCUGCCCCUGUUGUAGAAUGAUGGGAAGUAUUACUUUGGCCUCUGUCACCAAAUGUCUGCCCCUGUUGUAUAAUGAUGGGAAGUAUUACUUUGGCCUCUGUAACCAAAUGUCUGCCCCUGUUGUAUAAUGAUGGGAAGUAUUACUUUGGCCUCUGUAACCAAAUGUCUGCUCCUAUUGUUUAAUGAUUAUCUAAGAGUAAUCAUUGAUAUUGAUUGAAAGCCCUAAAGUGAGGUAGGUGUAAGAUGUUCCCACUUUAGCGUCUGGGAGUUUGGUUUUAUGUUGCUUUGAAAAAUAUUUCAGCUUAAUGUGGAUGGAAAAGGCCUAGGAGUCACGAUGAAUGACUGAAACAUAUGUCACUAUUUUUAAUCAGGAUUGUAGUGACAAACAGUUUUUAUACAAUACCUGACACUCCUUUUUCCUCUUCUCAUAGGUGCACAUUACAGUUUGUUAUUCAAGAUAAUGUUUCAUAUAUUUCUGCGUCCUACUUAUAAAGCUAGAUACCACCCACAUC